UAGGCUUUCUACUCGAAAUUGCUAUAUAGCCUCCUGCAUAGCUCCAAAGUUUACAUGUUCCCUAUUCCAUGAACCUUCUAUGUAUUUCCUCUUUUCAUCUUCUUCUUCUUCAACAAUUCUCCGACACAGAGGAAUAUAAACAGACUAUUUACUCAUACAGGCACUGAAACACAGACCCCCUUUGAAAUUUUGAAUCUGAAAGUUUUUUUUUUUUGGGAUUUUUGAGGUUGAAAUGUUGUCGAGGUCUUGUUUCAAUCUGUUGAAUCUCGAGGACUACAAUGGAGGCGAUCGAGCUAGGCUGCCGAAGGUGGUGACGGUUCCGGGGAUUAUCUCCGAUUUUUCCGGAUCGUCGGACGAGGAAGAGGGGAGGGUAGUGGGGGAGAGUAAUGGUAAGGAGAGGAGAAUAAUCGUGGCGAACUAUUUGCCAGUGAAGGGUUACAGAGAUUCAGAGACUCAGAAUUGGAGCUUUGAGUGGGAUAAGUACGCCUUAGACGCUUUGAUUUUGCAGAUGAGAGAUGGGUUGGCGGCGGAUGUGGAGGUUAUCUACGUCGGCAGCCUCCGGGGGGCGGCGGAGGUGGAGAUUAUCGAUCCCGGCGAGCAAGAGGAAGUGGCCCAAUUGCUUCUCGAUAAGUUUAGGUGUGUACCCACUUUCUUGCCUUUGGAUUUGAGGAACAAGUAUUAUCAUGGGUUCUGCAAACAUUAUCUCUGGCCUUUGUUUCAUUACAUGUUACCUUUGACCCCUAGCCAUGGUGUGAGGUUCGAUAGGGCCACGUGGCAGGCCUAUGUGUCAGCAAACAAGGUUUUUGCUGAUAAGGUCAUGGAGGUGAUCAACCCAGAUGAGGAUUAUGUCUGGAUUCAAGACUAUCACCUUAUGGUCAUGCCCACAAUUCUAAGGAAAAGGUACCCUAGGAUAAAGCUUGGGUUUUUCUUGCACAACACUUUCCCUUCCUCUGAGAUUUAUAGGACAUUGCCUGUUAGGGAGGAGAUUCUGAAAGCCCUUUUGAAUUGUGACCUUAUUGGCUUCCAAACUUUUGAUUAUGCUAGGCACUUCUUGGCUUGUUGUAGUAGGAUGUUGGGGUUGGAUUAUCAGUCCAAGAGGGGCUAUAUUGGGAUUGACUAUUUUGGAAGGACUGUUAGUAUUAAGAUCUUGCCUGUGGGUAUUCAUAUGGGUCAGCUUAACUCUGUUAUGUCUCAAGAAGAAACUGCCAAGAAGGCUAAUGAGUUGAAGGAGAAGUAUGGGGGGAAAGUUGUGAUGUUGGGGAUUGAUGAUAUGGAUGUGUUUAAGGGGAUAAGUUUGAAGUUUUUGGCAAUGGGGGAGCUUCUCGAAAUGAACCCGAGUUUAAGAGGGAAAGUGGUUUUAAUCCAGAUUAUGAACCCUCCUAGGAGUAGAGGGAGUGAUAUUCAAGAAGUUCAGAAUGAGAUCAAUAAGACUGCUAGGGAGGUUAAUAGGAAGUUUAGUAGUCCCGGGUAUGAGCCGAUUGUUUGUAUUGAUGGCCCGGUUUCUACCCAGGAAAAGAUUGCACAUUACGCGAUAUCUGAGUGUGUUGUGGUUAAUGCGGUUCGGGAUGGUUUAAAUUUGGUGCCUUAUGAGUACACGGUUUGUAGGCAGGGCAGCCCUGAUUUGGAUAAGGCGUUGGGGAAUGAGGGGUUAGGGAUCUCGAGAAAGAGUGUGAUUAUUGUCUCGGAGUUCAUCGGGUGCUCCCCGUCUCUCAGUGGUGCAAUCCGGGUUAAUCCCUGGAACAUCGAGAGUGUAGGCGAGGCAAUGAAUUUGGCUGUGGAGAUGCCCGAUUCGGAGAAAGAAAUGCGCCACGAGAAGCAUUACAAAUAUGUUUCUUCUCACGAUGUUGCUUAUUGGGCGAGGAGUUUCGAUCAGGACCUUCAGAGAGCCUGUGCUGAUCAUUUUCAGAAGAGGUGCUGGGGGAUCGGUUUGGGGUUCGGGUUUCGGGUUGUUGCCUUGGGGCCUAAUUUCAGGAAGCUCUCGGUGGAACACAUUGUCUCGGCUUACAAUAGGACGAAUAGCCGGCUUAUCCUUCUCGACUAUGAUGGUACUAUGAUGCCACAGGACAAAGUGGACAAGACUCCCAGCGAAGAAGUGAUUUCGGUGUUGAAUAGUUUGUGCAGUGAUCCCAAGAAUAUCGUGUUCAUUGUGAGCGGCCGAGGAAGAGACUCGUUGGCCAAGUGGUUCUCCCCUUGCCCAAAUCUCGGUCUCUCUGCAGAACAUGGCUACUUUACUCGAUGGACAAAGGAUUCCCAGUGGGAAUCGCGGGCAGUAGCAGCUGAUCCAAACUGGAAAAGUGUGGUAUUGCCCGUGAUGGAACAUUACACCGAGGCCACAGACGGGUCGUCUAUCGAACAGAAGGAAACCGCCAUAGUGUGGCACCAUCAGGAAGCCGACCCGGACUUUGGAACAUGGCAAGCAAAAGAGCUUCUUGACCACUUAGAAAACGUGCUUGCCAACGAGCCCGUGGUGGUUAAGCGAGGCCAACACAUCGUUGAAGUGAAACCGCAGGACAUAAGCAAAGGUCUAGUCGUUAAGAGCGUUAUGGCGACAAUGCAAGCCAAAGGGAAGCCAUCCGAUUUCGUGUUAUGCAUAGGCGACGACCGAUCAGACGAGGACAUGUUCGAGAGCAUUGCGAGCUCGGUAGCCAACCAUUCCUUGCCCGAGAUGGCCGAGGUGUUUGCUUGCACCGUUGGUCAGAAGCCGAGCAUGGCUAAGUACUAUCUCGAUGACACAGUCGAAGUCCUGAAAAUGCUCCACGGCCUCUCAGCGGCCGCAACCUCGCAGCUAUCCCCCAAGCCUUCGCCCCGGGAAGUCUCGUUUGAAGGGUCUCUUUGACAUUGAAGAACUGCAGGCAGGCAUCAUCAGUUGAUGGCUAAAAAACAACAUUGUACAGGAAAAGAAAGAAACAACAGAAAUUUACAGGUCCUUGUAUACUUAAAUCCCAGUCUAGUCCAAAAUCUCAUCUUUAAUUUACAGACUUAUAGGAGUUGCACAUAUAGCUCCUUUAGCUUCAUCAUCUACUGGAUGCCUUUGGCAGUUUACUCACUAUAGGGUUGGUUAAAGAUACAUUACAUUUUUGGUUCUUCUUUUAAUUAUAAAUGGUUCUUUCAUUCCUUAUUU